AUGGGGGCCACAGGAACGGGAAAAUCUCGUCUCUGUGUUGACCUUUCCACCUAUUUUCGAGGAGAAAUAAUCAACUCGGAUAAAAUGCAAGUUUACAAGGGACUUGAAAUUGUUACAAACAAGAUCAAUCACACUGAAAAACAAGGUGUACGACACUAUUUGUUAGGUAAAAUUAAACCAGAUUCAGACUUCACAGCUGAAGAUUUUUGUUUGCAAUCUAUCGUCUAUAUAGAAAAAAUAAUGAAGACUCAACAUGUUCCAAUUAUUGUUGGAGGGUCAAAUUCGUAUAUUGAAAAACAUGUGGAAGAUCCUGUGUUCAUGUUCAAUUAUAAGUAUGAUUGUUGCUUUAUUUGUAUUGAUGUUGAGCGAUCGGUCUUGAACCGUAGAGUUGACAUGAGGGUUGAUCAAAUGGUCAAAGCAGGACUAGUGGAUGAGGUGCGACAAAUUUUCAUUCCAGAUGCAGAUUACACCAAAGGAAUCCGACGGUCCAUCGGUGUCCCUUAA